AGCCCCCUACCUAAUUCCGGUGGCGUCUAGACCCACUACCACCACCAUUUGAUCGCCCAACCCCACCACACCAAAACCCCUCUAUCCCCCACCCCACAGAUCUUGCAAAUCACCCCCUGGCCGUAUUCUGAAAUCAGUCUACUCGACGUCCUUUACGCCACUUUCGGCUUUUUUCACCCAAAACCACCACCAUCUGCCUCCCUAAACCUCCCACACCAAAACCCCAGCCUUUGCUUAAUUGAAACCAGUCAUCCACACCUGGAAAUCACCGGCCACAACUGGGUUUUUUAUAUGCGCUGCGUGACUGUCUCUUGCCAGAUUUCAGCUGAUUCCAGUGGCCUCAACCCCAAACGACACCACCCCUACACUCACUAGCAUCUCACCUUCAAAACCCCCAACCUUCCCAGCCACGAGUGCCUGAUGUUCACCAUUGCCACUCAACUUUGGGUUUUGCAAAAUCAGCUGAAAUUGGGUUUGAUUGGUUGUGGAAUUGAUUUUUGAUUUGUUUGAUUUUUGAUUUAGUUUUUUGCUUUUGCAUUUUGUCUCUGUUUUUGUAUCUUGUUCAAUAUUUUAUUUUGAUUGUUUGUGUUGCGGUGAUUGUGUUAGGAAAGAAGAAGGGCCGGUUGUGGUGGUGGUUUGGGAGGGGGUGAUUUGGCUAGCUGUUGUGGUGGUUUGGGAUGGGGUCAUUUGGAAUGGGCUGUGGUGGCAGGAAGGUGGUGUCGGUAGGUGGGAGGCAGUCAAAAGCCGACGGCAGUGAAGAAGAGGAAAGUAGAUGAAGAAGAAAAAUGUCAAAGGGCAAUUUUGUAAAAGAACCCUCUGCCCCUGUGUCGCAACCCAUCCGUCAGUAACAACGUCCAUUUAAGGGUGAGAAUUAGAAUUUAUGAAACCAGGGGUACCAACAAAAUUUCACUAAACCUUGGGUGGGAACAAGUCAUUUACUCUUUCAAAGAAAGCAAAAAAAGGUGUAAUUUAAUUAUUUAUUUUAAAUAUAUAAAUAUAGAGUCAGGUAAUUGCUUUUUGAUUACGAGAAUAAAAAGGUCAAAAAAAUAGCCAAAAGAGUCAAAGAUUGAUAAUAUGUUCCCUUAUUGAAGACAGGGUCAACUAUUGUUGACCAGUGAAGUCAACUGGGACAAAGAACAAGUCUUAUGAUAGCGACAUAGAAAUGGAGCUGUUAAUUAUUCUUGAAGAAACAGUAUUAAACAAGAGUAAUAUUGGUUUAUACAUGUAAUGAUAGUGUUGAUGAAAUCAGCCGCUUCAGUUUCAGCAAUUGUUUGCUUGUAUGUCAGUUGCAUUUUCUUGCACCUUCUUGUACUUGAUGUAGCUCAAACUCAAGCUCAAACUACUACAGCUCCUCAUGAAGUGGCAGCAUUGAAUAUGAUUUUUGAAAAAUGGGGGAUUUCUGCAAAUCAAAAUCAAUGGAAUAUAAGUGGAGAGCCAUGUAGUGGAGCCGCCGUUGACGAAUCCAUUGCCCUUGCUACCAAUGGUUACAACCCAUUUAUGAAAUGAGAGUUUACGCACUGGAAGUUGACAGUGUGAUCCCAGAUGAGCUAUGGAGUUUGAAUUUCCUCAUAGAACUGAGGAUACAAAGGAACCACUUGUCAGGUUCACUUUCUCCAUUUGUCAGCAAUCUAACUGCAUUAAAAUCACUGGACUGUAACUUUAAUAGAUUAUCUGGGCCGCUUCCAAAAGAACUUGGAAUGCUUUCUGAAUUAGAAUUCCUAGGAAUUGGAGCAAACAACUUAUCUGGUCCUCUGCCAUCUGAGCUCGGUAAUUUGACGAAGUUAAAGACAUUAUAUAUUGACAGUACUGGACUGAGUGGUGAGAUUCCUUCGAGUUUCGCUAAUCUAAAGAACAUGGAAAUUCUGGUGGCUUAUGGCAUUGAACUUUCAGGAAGAAUUCCUGACUUUAUAGGAAAUUGGUCAAAUCUUAAUACCUUGAUACUUAUGGGAAAUUCGUUUGAAGGGCCGAUACCAUCAUCUUUUUCCAGUCUAACUAAUCUGACUGAGUUGAGAAUAAGUGAUUUAUCUGAUGGGAGCUCCUCGUCAUUAGCAUUUCUAAAGAAUAUAAAAAACUUAACGUACUUAGAACUAAGGAAUAACAAAAUUUCCGAUUCAAUUCCAUCUAAUAUUGGGGACUACCUAAGUUUGCAGCACCUGGAUCUGAGUUUCAACAAUAUCAGUGGAUAAAUUCCCAGCUCGCUUUUCAAUUUGGGUUCCCUGAUUUACCUGUUUCUUGGAAACAAUAAUUUAAUCGGUACCCUCCCGAAAAAAAAAGGGACAACUCUUCUCAGUAUAGAUGUAUCUUACAAUAAUCUAUCCGGCAACCUACCUUCUUGGAUUCAACAACAAAAUUUACAACUGUACGUCCUUAAUUUUUUUAAACAUAAUGCUAUUGUUGCAAUGUGCAAAAACUUAGUGGCCAACAACUUCAACAUAGAAAGUUCUAAUUACAUCAGUGCUCUCCCGUAUGGGCUGAAUUGUCUCCAACGCAAUUUUCCUUGCAAUCGAGGUUCUGGAAUCUAUUCGAGCUUUGCAAUUAAUUGUGCCGGUUCAAAAUUUACAUCUCACGAUAUUGUGUAUGAGAGUGACAAUGAGCGUCUUGGUCCAGCUACAUACUAUUUGACAGACACAAAUAGAUGGGGAGUUAGUAAUGUUGGAUACUUUGAGGACGAUAAUCUAGAGUAUACAAUUAAUUCUGCGUCUAUAGUCACAAAUACUCAAGAGUCGAUACUUUUCCAAACAGCUCGAACCUCUGCUUCAUCUUUAAGAUACUAUGGUUUAGGCCUUCAAAAUGGAAACUACACUGUGACUCUCCAAUUUGCAGAGUUAGCUAAUUUCACUGCUACUAGAUGGAAAAGUUUGAGGAUACGCGUUUUCGAUAUAUAUGUUCAGGGGACUUACCUUGAUCCUGUACAUCAUAUAUACGGACCCUCUAUUUCGGCCAUCAGUGCUACCCUAGAUUUCAAACCUCCAAGUCAGAACAAGAGAAUAGGCCUAAUUGUGGGGAUUGUUGUUGCUUUUGGGGUCGUAAUUCUGUUGCUUGCAAUUUUUUUUGUUGUCCAAAGAAGUAAAAGGCCACAGACUAUUGAUGACGAGCUUGUCGGCAUGGAUGUUAGACCAUACACUUUCAGUUAUGCAGAACUAAAGACUGCUACAAAAGGCUUCAGUUUUGCAAAUAAGCUUGGUGAGGGAGGAUAUGGACUAGUUUAUAAGGGAACACUCAGUGAUGGAAGAGUAAUUGCUGUGAAGUAAUUAUCUGUAGCAUCCCACCAAGGGAAGAGCCAGUUUUAUGCAGAAAUUACUACCAUAUCUGCCGUGCGACACCGUAACCUAGUAAAACUUCAUGGAUGUUGUUAUGAGAGAACACAAUGAAUGCUUGUCUAUGAAUAUCUGGAAAACAACAGUCUUGAUAAAGCUUUAUUUGGAAAAGGAAGUUUGGACCUUGACUAGUCAACGCGUUAUGAUAUUUGUUUAGGAGUAGCAAGGGGUCUAACUUAUCUUCACGAGGAAUCAAGGCUUCGAGUAAUACAUAGAGAUGUGAAAGCCAGUAAUAUUCUACUUGAUGGUAAUCUCAUCCCCAAAAUAUCAGAUUUUGGUUUGACCAAACUUUAUGAUGAUAAGAAGAGUCACGUAAGCACUCAUGUUGCUGGGACAAUUGGAUAUGUUGCAACAGAGUAUGCCAUGCGUGGAUAUCUUACGGAGAAGACUGAUGUGUUUGCCUUUGGUGUUGUGAUUCUAGAAGUUGUUAGUGGGAGACCAAACUGGGAUUCAAGCUUGGAAGAAGAGAAGAUGUAUCUUCUUGAUUGGGCUUGGCACCUAUACAAGAACAACCGCCAACUCGAACUAGUGGACUCAAAAUUGUCAAAAUUCAAUGGGGAAGAAGUAAAAGGCCUGAUAGGGGUAGCGCUUUUGUGUACUCAGACAUUGCCCUCGUCGAGGCCAUCAAUGUCCUGCGUGAUUGCCAUGCUUCGUGGAGAUGUGGAAGUGAGUACAGUAAAUUCUAAGCCUGGAUACUUGACUGAAUGGACAUUUGAUGAUGUGACCACCUUUGUUGAUGAUGAUAUAAAUGAAGAAUGUGAAGAUACUAACCAUUACAAUGGAUAAAACUCCAGAAAUAAGUGCUAGUGAAGCCCUGCUCCAUUGAUUAGCUUUUCCUUUAGAUUCCAGUUUUAUUUCAUGUUAAUUAAACACGACUAUUAUUCAUAAUGUUAAAAAAUUUAAGACCAAUAAACUCUAGUAAAAAAUAUAGGGAAUAGAUUUUGAACUACGUACUGUUCAACAAGCACAUGACUGAAUCUUCACCAGGAAAUGGAUAUUGAUUUUGAAUUACUUCUUCUUCAACAAGCAGAGAGGCUAAAA